AUGGCGAUUGAUGGUGGUGGUGGGAGGAGCUGUGGGGUGCAUGAGCUCAUCUGUGCCAGACGAGUGUCUCCUGAGCUGCUAGGGGUCCUGUCCUCCAUUGCAGCCUUCAUGGGCCUGAUGGCUCUCUUUUUUCUUUAUCUCAGCAACAAGCUGUCUGUGGAGGACACAAGCGACCUGUCAUGUCUGGACGACUAUAGGCCCGACCAGCAAGACCAGAGCUGCCCAGAACGUGGCUCUGAGGACGAUAGUGAGGAGGACAGACCAGGGAGACACUCUGAAUCCUCAGCCCAGCACAGAGCCUCAGUCUGGGAUAACAGACAGAAACACACCAGCGAUCACAGCAGUGAAGCCUCCAUUGGACAAACCAACAAUAUCCAGCGGAUGAGACGGGGCUCCCCCCUCAACGAGAACCAGCCUCCCCCGUAUCAGGACGAGGAUAGACCGGUCCGGGUGUCUCUCUCGUGGUCGGAGGUAGGGGGUCUGGGGGAGUCGAACCCUGACGGCAAUGGUACACGGCGCUCAAGCAAGGCCAGCGUUGACCAGGACACUGCGAGUUACCUCAACAAGGGCUGUGAUGAGGAUGUACCUAGUGACAGCACUGCCGUCCUGGGACCAGAGGAUGGUUCACCCUCCCAGCUCCCCGGUGGCUAUGAGCCCGAGCCACUGGCUAAGUAUGGCACGCUAGACGUGGCCUUCGAGUAUGACUCGGGCAAGCAACACCUCGCCGUCACUGUCACUGCGGCAACCGACAUCCCCGUGCUCAAACAGACAGGCAACAUCGCGUGGCAGGUACACCUGGUAUUACUGCCCACUAAGAAGCAGCGGGCCAAGACGGGGGUGCAGAGGGGGCCGUGCCCAGUGUUCACAGAGACCUUCCGCUUCUCCCGGGUGGAGCAGGAGGCACUGGCGGACCACGCCGUCCGGUUCCGCCUCUACAGCGUCAGGAGGAUGAAGAAGGAGAAGGUGUUGGGCGAGAAGGUUUUCUAUUUGACUAAACUCAACCUGCAGGGCAAGAUGGCACUGCCCGUUACACUGGAGCCUGGCACUGCACUAAUGGGCUGUGGGUCGUUGGUGAGUGUGUCCCGUAGUGCAGGGGCUCUAUCCUACCGUUCCACCGGGGACUCCUCACCAGAAAUUCUACUGGGCCUCAUCUACAACGCCACCACUGGUAGGCUCUCUGCAGAGGUCAUCCAGGGCAGCCACUUCAAAAACACAGCCUCAGACAAACCUCCCAGUGGUCUGUUCUGUUGUAUGAAACAGUUCAUCGGGGGACAACUUUACAUCAUGAGAGACACCUAUGUGAAGCUGACCAUGCUCGACUCCAAGGGCAAGGAGAUGUCCAAGUGCAAGACGUCAGUUUGCCGCGGCCAGCCCAACCCCACUUACAAGGAGACCUUUGUCUUCCAGGUGGCCCUCUUUCAGCUGUCCGAGGUCUCCCUGGUGGUGUCCGUGUACAGCCGGAGGAGCAGCAUGAAGUCCAGGGAGAGGGUGGGCUGGGUGUCCCUGGGGCUCAACAGCACCGGAGAGGAACAGCAGGCCCACUGGAGCCAGAUGAAGGAGGCUGGGGGACAGCAGGUGUGCAACUGGCACGCGCUCUUGGAAUCUUGAACAGGUCUUUAUGAGAAUCACAAGAUUUCAUCUCGGUGACACAGGAGGAGAAAUACAGAGCCAGAGGAAGAUUAUAGGGUAUCUUGAUCUCGGUGGUGAAAGGGGAUUGGUUCCUUGACCUUCCGUCAGAGAUGCAGACGAGGAACCAUCUACCAAUGCUAUGCAUAUGAACCUGGAAUGGGAUGUGUGUGAGGGCGCAGUCGCUGUUCAUUAAGUGCUGCUUUAAAUAUCCUUUAAUAUGUAAAAGAGCCACUUGACCUGAGAAAGACUGACUGGUUCUAAGCAAUGACUUCCUGCUCCUGUCAUGGUCAAUGGGGACUGUCAGACUGAUCUUUUAAUACAACAGCUGAUAGACCUCAGUUAUAAACUGCUACUGAAAUGAACACAGCGGGUCCUGAUCCAGUCUCUGAUUGAUGCCAAUUUUGUGUAAUUCAUUUCCCAUAUUCUGGUCCAUAAUAAUAUUUUUGCAUGUAAUUGUUUACAGAAGAUGAUCGAAAUACGACCAUACAUAUCUCGUACAAUGGACCAUUUUCAUCCUGAACCGAGGACCAAAGAGUGUGUGGAAGAACAACGACCAAAACAUGCCAGCCCCCUCACAUUCUUCUGGAGUUGUAUUGGCCAUAGAAAUAGAAUUACAAGAAGGGGAAAAGCCCUCAGACCACUGCAAUUUAAAUGACACAAUCAUGGAUUCACUCAAUAUGGCCAAAAUGUUAAUUCUAUUUCUGACUUCUAAUACUUCUGACUUCUAAUAACACCAGCAUCAGUCAUUUCUCAACUGACGCUCACAGCCAUGUUACCAUGACUGUUAAAGCCAGCUGGGCCUGUAACAUGCUGUAACAACUAUGCUAACGAGCUAUGCUUAUUUU